GUUGAGUUAUAAUAAAGAAAUGAAGCGAGUGGGAACGUUGUCAAACUAUCACAGGAAGGACUUGCGUCCUUUUAUUUUCCUUCGACAUUGGAAACGCAAACUCCAUUUUGCAAAGUUCCCCGUUCACAUGCUGGGCAACUGGAUUCCUCGGGUUCUUUCACAGUGGUAUUGUUCGGGACCUUUCUGUGGCUUGGAUCAAAUUGCAAUCGAAAACCAAAAGGGGAAUGUUUUAAAUGUGUUUCGUCGGCUAGAUGCCAGGUACACGUGGUUACCCUCCAUAAAGAAACUGAUGACACAAAACAAACGCUUUUUUGUGGUUUAUGUUCCCGACGCAUGCGCAAACCUAUUUUCGGUCGUUGUAAAAGGAGCCCUUGCACUAGUAUACAGCGGACAAGGCGUAUGUUCAACUGUUACUAAGAUCAAGAACGCGCAAAGUAACGGGGCACUUGGGGUCGUUGUCUACUCAAAGCCAGGCAAUUACCUUGAAGAACUGAAUUGCCAUCAAAAUGAAUGCGAAACUGACCUGACUAUUCCCGCCACUAUAAUCCACAACGAGGAUGGGUUUCGCUUGAGAGAGGCUCCAGUAGGAAGCAUUUAUGCUCGACUCCAGACCACUCCAUCGGACAUGUUYACAUUUGGCGUAGAUGACGAGGGUCGAGCUCGAAAGACAAGUUGGUCCUUGUAUCCCAGCAUGCGCUUCUUGGCGUAUCAUGCGCAGUGGUUUAAUUACGUGACAGAUGCCAUGAGGAAUGAGACAGGAGAUGCCAGGCUGAUAUCCAUCUUUAAAGACCAAUUGAUUCAGAGUUCAGAAGGCAUCACAAAGGAUAUUAGUCUACCUGACUAUAGAGAAUUUCUGUUAUACCAAAACGUAGAAGUGGACAUGUCACUUACGUGUCCAAAGACUGGACCCGAUGCAUGUACCCACUGGGAUCACGUGAUCAAACUACUUGUCAGCUGCGAUGCAAGUAUGAAACCUGGGCACGAGUUAGCGAGGUGGAUCAUGGCUUAUGGGAGGCGCAGUAGUUCGUGGAUAACUCCAGUCAGAGCAGUGUUACCGUUACUCAAAGCCAACUCCACAACAACAAACAAAUGUUCUUUCACUGUAAUAACUGAGGCGUCUGUUAUGCCAUGGAUUAUAACUGUGAACAUCAGGAUGUCAGAAAAGAUCAAACCAAAUAGGAACUUCACGACCUGGCGGCAGAUCGAAAAGAACUUGGUUCCUGUUGAAGUCGUUGAUCUUUUCACUGGAUGCUUUUUCGACGAGAACUGCAACAAGAAAUACGCUACACCAAAGUUCUUUAAAGUUCCUAAAAAUAUAGCGCGCGUCAAACUCGUGGCUACAAUAACUGGUCAUGGACGUGAUAACAACAACUGCGCAAGAGCAUGUCUGACGACGCAUCGCUUUGUCAUCAACAACAUCAGGAACUCCACGCAAACGAGAGUCUUAAAAAACACUGGUUCAACACCGGGUUGCGAAAGUGAUUUUUCAGAUCCCAACAAUCAAACUCAUACCCAGAAGAUGUGGCUCCGUGGAAGGCAGCCGUGGUGUGAUGGGCAAGAAGUCGUCCCAUGGGAGGUAGACGUCACAAAUUUUGUCAGGUUUGGAGGAGCCUCGAAUUUGAUUGAGUAUCGUGCUUUGUACAAUGGCACUGAUCCCAGACCGACCCAGGAUCCUGGAACUAUCGUUAUGUCUAGUUAUCUGGUGUAUUACGUCUAUGAAGAUUUCGUCUGAGUAUAUAUGAAUAAUAUUAUCAAAUGCGGUAGACAACGAACAGUGUAAAGCAAGCAGGAAGGUUGCCGCAGUGCUUCGUGGGACUAUGAGUAGAAGGGGAGGUAUAGAAUAAAGGCUAGGCAAUUUACAAGUACAGUCGAAUCUCUAUUAAGCGGCCACCUUGUCAAGUGUCCGCUAAAUAAAGGUUGGUCGCUCAAUAGAGGUUAUGUCAGUUGGGAUAAGUACUUAAAUUGGUCUUCGUAUGACUGGUUACUAAAGCAGAUUUUGUAACUGUUAGGUGGUGCACUUCGGUAAAAAAGGAUACACAUACUUCCCCUCCUACCACGCCCAUGCCCCCCCAUAACCCUAACCUUUUUCAAUAACCAUAUGCUCUCUAUCUAGAUGACCCUGCAUUCUCCUAUCCACUCUGCUAAGUUACCAGUCAUACGAAGACCACAUAUUUGCUUGGUGCUGGUUCACCUCUUAAGGCAAAAGACCGAGAUGGUAGUCUUCACGUACAGCAAAUAAGUAUGCACAUCUUUUAGAGAAAGAAAAAACACUUUUUAAAAAACAUGAUAUUUCGAUGAAUAUGGCUUGCAAGCCAAAUGCAUGACUGAUAACCAGCACAAGAUCAUACCACCAAUACUGAAGAGUGCUUAUAAUAAGAUAUUUACAUGAAAGACAUUUAAGUUAUAAUCUACGCUCAUUGUGCAUGGGAGCUUAGUGUCGGGGAAUUUUAAAAAGAAAAUAUACUGUCAUUAAAACCAAGCUUGCCUUUG